AUGUCGACUCAGGAAAUGACGAUUGAUCUCGACUUCGACAACGUUCUCGCCCUCGUCACCAGCGAUCCCGACAUGGUCGACUCCUGGAUCUCAGACAUCGAGCGCAUCCAUCACCGCCGCCUCCACCGCCUGGUCGUCGGCCUCGACGUUGAAUGGCGCCCUUCCUUCUCCCACCACCGCAACCCCAUCGCCAUCCUCCAGCUCUGCGUCGGCCGCCGCUGCCUCGUCUUCCAGAUCCUCCACGCGCCCUACAUCCCCCGCUCGCUCCACGACUUCCUCGGAGACGACAGCUACACCUUCGUCGGCGUCGGGAUCCGCAAGGACAUCGAGAAGCUUGAGGAGGAGCACGAUCUGAGCGUCGAGAAAUUCGCCGACGUCAGAAUUCUGGCGGCGAACCACUACGGGAACGAGGGAUUGAAGAGCGCCGGGAUGAAACGACUGGCGGAUGUCGUUCUGGACGUGGAUAUUGAGAAGCCGAGGGAGGUGACGAUGAGCGCGUGGGACAAUUGGAAUUUGUCGUUUCAGCAGAUACGGUACGCCGUCACUGACGCUUUUGUGUCGUUUGAGAUGGGGAGGGUUUUGGAGGCAUGGCAGUAG